UUGUUUUCCUACCUUAGAAAUUUGGAGAAUCUUAUCGAAAUCUAUCUCGUAAAAUCUGCUGUCUCUGUCUCUCUCCCUAUUCGGAAUAAGCUUUGGUAGUUCAGUUGCGAGUUGCCGUUACGAGCCAUGGCGUGUGCAAUGAGUCAGCUCCUAUACCCAACCCGUGUGGGUUCCCACAUGCAAAUCUCUCCCUCUCUGCCUGUUUCCCGCCCAUGCAUUAUGACCACAAGAGAGGACAAGAAUCGGUUCUUCAGGCCAUCUGAACUUCUUGGUUACCAGAAUCUGACAGCAGUGGCCAAAUCUUCGCCGGAAAAUGACGGCAUUGUGGCUGCAGAUGACGAUGGUGAUGGUGGCGUCUCUUUGGGGACUUUGAAAUUGCCCUCCAAUACUGACCUACCAAGAUUUGAGACCUUGCUCUUCCAGUGGGCAAACAGUCUUUGCCAAGGAGCUAAUCUACCAUUACCAGUGCCAUUAAAGGUAGAUAAAAUACCAGGUGGAGUUAGGUUGGCUUUCAUUGAAAUUGGAGAUGGGAAGACUGAGGUACUAGUGUACAUUGAUUGUCUGGUUUUCCCAGCAACUGCCGGUUCAGGUCCUAUUUUCCGAGCCAUAAGGAAUGGACCCUUAAAGGAUAAAUCACCUCCUGGUGAACCCAGAAUCAUGAGAAGUCUGCUGCAGGCCCUCCAGAAGUCAGUUGAAAUAGCAAGAGUUUGAAUUACUUAAUGUAAAAUGUAAAAGUCAACACUGUAAUUCUCUUCUUUCAGUUUAAUAAAAUUAAAAAAAAAUUAUUUGCUCUUCUCUAUAACAAA